CCUUGCUGGUUCUGGUCCUACUUCAUCAGAUCUUUUCCUAUUUCACCAGCUUCAUGACCUGGUUUUGAAUAGCAUCCAAAGCACAACAUACCAGGAUGCCGGAGCGGGUCGGCGACUGGACGCGGGUGCGUGACAUCGGCUCCGGGGGUUUCGGCACCGUCGUUCUGUGGACCAACGCCGACACGGGCGACAAGAUAGCGAUCAAGCAGUGCCGCUGGGGCGAGCCCGGGUCGGGCACGGAGGCCCUGCUGGUGCCCAAAGUGCGCGAGCGAUGGCAGAAGGAGGUGGAGAUCAUGCUGAAGCUGGACCACAGGGGUAUCGUCAGCUGCAUGCCCCUGCCGGCCGCCUUCCGCGUGGGCCCGACCGCCCUGCCCCGGCUCUGCAUGGAGUACUGCGUGGGCGGCGAUCUACGCAGGGUUCUCCUGAGCGCGGAGAACUGCUGCGGCCUGCCGGAGCUGGCCGUGCGCCGGUUUCUGAGUGACAUCACGGACGCCGUCGGCUACCUCCACGGCCUGCGCAUCAUCCACCGCGACCUCAAGCCCGAAAACGUGGUGCUGCAGGAGGUCGACGGACGGACCGUGUACAAGCUGAUCGACCUGGGGUACGCCAAGGAGCUGGACCAGUCCAGCGUGUGCACCUCGUUCGUCGGCACGCUGCAGUACCUGGCGCCGGAGCUCUUCCUCACCAACAAGUACACCUGCACGGCCGACUACUGGAGCCUGGGUCUGGUGGCGCAUGAGGUGGUCACUGGCGUCCGCCCCUUCUUACCCAACAUGGUGCCCGCCAAGUGGAUGCAGCACGUGUCGCAGAAGGGCCCCGACGACAUCUGCGCGGAGGAGUUGGAGGACGGCACGAUCGUGUUCCGCUCGGAGAUCGUCGGCUGUACCCAUAUCUCCAGGCCGCUGCGGCAGCAGCUGGAGCCGUGGCUGCGGCGCCUGCUGGACUGGGACUCGCCGCACGUGGUGGUG